GGAACAUGGUCUUAAGGAACAGAAAAUGUUGAUGACUUUGAAGGAGCCCAUUGUUCUGCAGCCUAAGCUACAUGGUUUUGGCCCAUUAGAUCUGAAAUCAGGCAACCAUUUAGCCCCAGAAGUUCUUCUUUCAAGAUUUCUCAGGGUUUACUUGAGCUCCAAGUAUUUGUUUUGCUGGAUUGGGAUCCAGCUCCUCAUGUCUUCAGUUUUCAAUUCCUGAUGCUGCCAUUUAGAUGUCCAGUUCAGUCAUUCUCUCAGCAUUUGGAUAGGAACAGACUCCCUUUAAUACACAGUAACUGUGCAGAGAAUGUGCAUCAGCCAUUAGAUGUCUGAGCUGUAUCCUCUCUGAUUUAAAUCUGGAGUGGGUAGAAUCUACCCCUAUCACUUAGACAAAGCCCAAAUUGACACAGUCAUGAUGUAGGACUCUGUGAAAUCCUGCCAACUGCUGGGGAGGCAUUAUCCUGUUUAUUUGUAUACAUCACUCUCUUUCAAGAUCUUUUUAAACACUUUGCAGUAUAAUUUCCAGAAGGAUAAAAGUUAUUUAAAUGAAAACAGCAUGUACCAACCUGUUUGGUGCUGCAAGGGAGGUGGAAUAUUAAAAGUAUUCAGCCUUUUUUCAGGUUGUAGUCUGCAGCUGUUUUACAGGGUCCCAUCUGACCUUAAAAUAGGUUAAAGCUUCCUUAAAGCUGAUGAUUCCACUUUACUGAAGGUAGACAGAAAAAGGAAUAUUAUAAAACUGGUUUUCUUUUUACAAGUUACUGUACUUGUUUAUCUUAUGAUGUUUUAUUUUUCUUAUUCUAAAUGAGGAACAUAGGUGAGCCAGUUUUGUUUUCACUUGCCCUUCAAUGCUGACAUGUUUGUGGGAGCCUUUUUUAUGUGGUGUAGAACUGGAUUCACUGUGAUGACUUUGGCUACAUUCAGCAGCCUCUGAUUUCCUUGUUUGUGUGCUGGUUUGCUUUGAAAAGGUGUGUCAAAAAUUUUUGUCUCUCCUCUUCACACCCACGCUCCCCACACAGGUCUUCAUUGCAUGAUCUAGCCCGUUUAUAGGAGACAUGAAUUUGCAUGGAAUUACUUUUGGGGAAGUUUGCCUGAACUAUAUAUGGUUCCAUAAAAACCCACAGCUGCACAUCCGUUGCCACUGCAUACAGAUGGGAUUGGGAGUUUGGCUCAGUCCCCUCAUUCUGUAAAGCUGUGCCCGAAAUAGGUGUGCCUAUUCAGCUCACUUAAUUUGUAUGCUGGGAAUGCUGUGUUUUUCUCACUGCUUGAGUGUGAACUACAGAUGCACACAACUUGAGCAGCUGAAACUUACCUGCAUUUAAUACUUGCCAUCUUCCUGUUUAUUGAGAGGAAGUAAGAAGUGACUAGUAAAAUCUAAGGAAAGACCUUAGAAACUUGAAAGAAGUAUUUGAGUGAUUCAUGUGGCAGUGGUGCCUUAGAUGAGGAUUCAUAUUACCUUUACAUGCAGAUAUAUUCAGGAAUCAUCAAAGAUACAACAAUGUUCAUUUUGCUGCCACUGGCACUCAUACCCACGCAGUAGGAAGGAGGCUUUUGCAUUUUAGCAUACUGAUUGAAUGGCACUGCUUGCAGGGAGAGUGAACAGGAGGGAGGAGAACAUGAAUGUAUGUGUUGAGUUUGUGACUCUUGGUGCUGGUUAGUUGUUGCCUUCUCCUCCUUUUGAGGGGCACUCCAAUCUGAAUGUCAGUCUUCCAUCUUUUGAAAUCAUACAUGAAGUCAAAUCUGUGUUUUCAAAUGAGUUGCCACAACAUCAAGAGAGGCACCAAGCUGCAAGACUGCCCUUGGUCCUGCAGCAGCUUAUCCUGCCUGGUUUGCAGUCAGCUUCCAGCCUUCCUUCAGGCUCUCCAAACUCAUUAUUGUCCUGAUAGGAAACCCCUGGCUGGAGCUGACUCUGGAAAGUUGUUGAUCUUUCCUCUUCUCUACCCAUACUGUUGCAUGCUCUUAUGGGAAAAUAGAGACUAAAGGGUUCUGUUUUGGGUUGAUUUGCACCAUUUAGUCCAUACAUGGUGAGAGUUUUCAGAUGUCAAAUGGCUGUGAGCGUAUUUUCCCAGAGACAGGAGAAGAUGGGCUGUGGGGAGGAGUGUCAGCAGGAGAUAUGGCUGCAACUUCAGCCAUUUUCAUUUUCCUUCCAAAAAAGUGACUUCAGUUAGUUAGGAGGAUAAAGAAAAUAUAACUAUCACCUCUUGAGAGGAAAAGCUGGGGGGAUUUACCUUCCAGCCAAGUGACUCUUUGCUGUGCUUAUUUUGAAAGGGAAGAGGAACAUACUGAGUUUUCAGUGCCUCUUCUUCAGAGGUCAGAAGUCUAAGCUCUGAGUUGUAACAUCCAUGAAAAUAAACUGGAGCCUUUUAACAAAGCCAUUUCCUGCUCCUCAUGUGAGCAGCCACAGUGUAGCAGCACCUCUGUCUACAGCCCUGGGACUGUCAGGAUGAGGAUUCCGUAGCUUUAAGAUCAAAAUACAUUGCAGAUGGUAAUCUGUGAUUGAAGCUAAGAUAUUUCUGGGGGGAGCACUUUCUAACAUGGCUGAUAGUAAAGCCCAAGUAAUGGAAGAGAAGAAUCCAGAGCUCAUCCCGUUUCAGUUUUAGUUUAUUUGAAAAUGUUGCUUGUUCCCAUGUUCUGGCCAGGUAAUGCUAUCACAUAAUCCAAAAUGGAUUUGGGGUCAACCAGAAGGGACAGCACAAGCAAAGAAGUUUCCACACAUCUGGCCAUAUAAACAAAUCAAUGGCACAAAGCUCACAGUUCUUCCAUCACUGGUCUUUCUGCAAAUUAAAAUAUCAAUAUGAAUGAUGAUAGGUUUUUGCAAAAUCAUGUGCCCACUGAAGUUUCAAUUAGCAGAACAACGGCCAAGUGCUGGUUGGAAUGAAGCAUUGGAAAGACAGAACCUCGGAAGGUAUUUAUGGCCCUUUCAACUCAAAUUCAAUUUCAUUUCAAAUUACAAUUCAAUUUCAAAUGUCCUUUAGGCAUUUUCUGUAUUCAGAUAAGAAUUUUUAAAUCAUGAAGAAAUUACCAUUACAUUUCCUAUGUAGUAUCCAUACUAAUAUAACUUGGAAUUAUUUAAUUUUCUUAAGUAAAAUCCCAAAUUCAUGUCAGUUCUUAUAGCCAGGGACUUAGGUGCCACUGAGAAUUUGCUGUGUUGCUUCUGGUUCCUGCUGGCAUGGGCUGUUUGGUAUUUGCUGUCACAUAUCAGCAAUCUUAACAUAUGAUUUUUAAGGACCACUACAUUUGGGCCACUUACCUACAUAUGAUAAUGCAAUAACUCAGAAGGAACACAAAGGAAGAGUAUACUGAAAAAUAUCCAAACUGUGAAGCAUACAGUACACAGCAGUUCUUUCAAAAGGAGGAAAACCAAAACAGGAGGAAGGGAAUAAAAUGUCAGUUUGGGCAAUAAAAGGUAUUUUAUUCUCUGUUUACUAUUACACAAUGGUAAUAAAUUCAAACCAACAGGGAAACCUUAGCUUGGAUUCAGAAGAAUACUGACAAAACUUAGUAGAAUGCUACAAACUUUUCUGUAGCUUGAGUGUAGUAAAUUCUAUUACCUGAGAAAAUUUGGCUCUGCAGCUUUUCACAUUGAUGCCAUAUAUUAAAUGAUUCCAUAUCUUAAAUUCCCUUCUGCUCAGGGUACCUGCAUCCCAAGUAUCACACAGGGACACAGAAGACAGUUCAGACUUGUGUCUUUAAUGUCAUCUGAAAGUAUAUUGAUUUUAUUGGGUGCUUAGGGACAAUUCUAUUCCUUCACACUCUUUCCUCUUUUUUCUGAUAUUCAUGUGAGCAGUUCACUUUGAUGUUUGCAUUACAUGUAAAGGUCUGGGGGAUCAGCUAUUGCUGUCCUGGGACAAUGACUGAGGCUGGAGGCUUCUGCUGGGUAGGACUCUGAAUGGGGGGGAUGAAUGAGGCUUUCAAAGUUACUGGAGAGGGGCUCACUUAAGCCAACAGCCUUUCUAUAUCAUAAAGAGAAGACACAAUCUACAGGAAAGGGACUAACUUAGAAGAAAAGUACAGAGCACUCAUCAGUUCCUACAUGGCAGUGAGAUGAAAGAGCCUGGUUUUCUCCAGUGUUUCAGCUUUGCUGCUAACAUGCAGUUUUCAGAUUGCAGCCAAGCAAUGCUCAAACUGGGAAGGAAAAAUGAUAUUUUUCUGCACAGGAUGCACAGCUCUUCUGGAGUCCUUUGCCUCUUCUGCAGCAGAUUGCAUGUGACAAGGACAGAUAUCUGUUAGAUGGGGUGAAAAUCACCUGAGCAUGAAAGCAAGGCAAUUGUUUGUCUCUUGGUGCAGCCCUGCUCUUCUCUAAAUGGUACUCACUAUGGAAGUGUUAGGCAGUGUCUUGCUGCAGAAAUGGGCCUCUAUUUACAUCAGGUAUUUUGUGCCAAAUGGUCUGUGUUAAAGCAAUGUCUUGUGUAGUGCAAGCUGAGGUGAGUUUGUUCUUCGAGGGACUAUUUAAAUUCUGUUGUUUUAAUGAAUGCUACUCUUUGCAGUUGCUAAAUCUGCAGUGUUCAGAGCAAGGCGCUGGACUGUCUUUAAUACCACUUUGAAGGCCCUGCCUGUGAGCAUGCAAGAAGGUUCUGUCAAAUAGUUUUAUGCACAAAGGAGCUUCUUCUCAAAAGAAGGCUCUGAAGUCAAUGACAUGUUCUUAUUCACAGGAGCUAAAAAGUGCAGUGAACUAAAGAUAUGUAUGCAGGUAGCAAACAAAUAAACAAGCUGUGCUCUAGAAAAUGUAACAGAUACAUAUUCUUGGAAAAAAUGGAUAAAUAAAAGGCACAGUCCUUGGGAAAUACUGUGCUCCUGCCACUGCCACAUGUACAGUGAAACAUAGAUAUAUUUACAAUUUGAAAGAUAGGUAAGAGUCAAUAUGUAAAAAAUUCCUGAAAACAGAGGUUUUCACAUCCACAUCUAUCUCUCAGGCAGUAGGUCUUGAAGGCUGUGUAACCAGACACUUCUGGCUCCAUCUGAGGCUGGGAACUGAAAGAACAUGUGUUCACCAAAGGAGAAAAAUAUACUGGGCCAUGGUGUUUUCUAUCUUUUCCUCAAAUUUUUUUGCCCCCAGAUGGCUGCUAACUUUAUAUAAUUUGCAGCCAAGGAUCCUCCCACAAGGAGCAGGAACAGAGCCCAAACAGAUCUCAUCCAAAUGGGGCUUGGUUCUGUCUCCAUACUGAUUCAUGCCUAUGCUAAACUCAGGUGAGCCUUCCCAGCAUGCAAAAUUCCCCAUGCAGUUUCUCUCCAAGGCUUUAAUGAAAGCUGCAGUGCUACGUGUGAUUAGAGUCCCUUUGAAACAUUUUAUCCCAACUCAGGCUGUUUGGUUAGAUCACUAAAUUUAGUUUAGAAAUGCUCAGAGGUGAAACCAUUAGUAAGUAACAAGAGAAUGAUUCAUUCCUUACAAAAAUCUGAUGCCUCAGAGGCAUAGCCUGGAGAAGUCGUUUGCCAUGGAUGACUUUCUAGCCAGCUAUUGAGAUGACUGCCAGUAAAGUACACUUGGUGGCAUGUAAUGGAUUGUAGGAAGAGUAAGAGAUGGUGCUGAAGGCAAUCUCACCCCUGAGGAGUUGCAGCUGUACUAAUUACCAAGGAUUAGGAACAGGCCUGCCUUUAAUAGGCCUCAGCUGUGUCCAAUUAAGGCUUACCUUUAAUAGGGCACAGCUGUGUCCAAUAAGGAUGGGUGUUAGAGAAGGGUGGGUUAGCUGCUCUAGAGGGGAGUUGGAGAAUGUGCUGGGAAGAGGAAGGGUCAGGUGGUUGUGUAAGGGACAGCAGGGGUGAGUAUUUCCCAUGAGGGACAGUAAGGGUCAGGUGGUCAUGCAGAAGAAGGACAAAAGGAGUCAGCGUUGUGAGGAGCUGCCCAUGAGGACUCCCAGAGAAGGACUCCAUGUUGCCUUUCUGCCCAGCUAAGAGAUGGAGAGACUUUCAACUGACCUCAGCAGGCUGAAAUGAAGAAAUGAGUAACUGAGCUCCAGUAAGUGGCCAGGACUGUGACACCCAAGAGAAGAUGAACUUUGAGCUCCGCAUGCGGGAGGGGAUCUGCAGGCUGCUGGCGGUGAGCACGCAGCGGGAGCAGCUCCUGCGCGCUGUGAAGAACCUGCUGGUGUGCAACGCUCGCAUCCGGGCCUACAGGGCACAGCUGCAGGCCCCGGGGCAGCAGCAGUCUUCAGAGAAUGGGACAAAAGACCGGACGGCAUGCAGAGCAAGGGUUGCUAUAUCAGAUAUUCGAAUACCAUUAAUGUGGAAAGGCUCUGACCACUUCAGCAAAAAAGAAAAAUCGCAGCGCUGCGCCGUGUUCUGUUUGUUCAGCAUGGGAGCUCAGGUUCUUGAUACUGAGCUGACUCUUGUGGAUGAGGCAAUCACAGAUAUCUGUUUUGAAAAUGUCACCAUAUUUGAUGAAGCAAGCCCAGAUUUCCAGGUGAAGGUUGAAGUGUAUAGCUGCUGUACAGAGGAGUCUUUAUGUAUAACAAACACUCCUAAGAAACUGGCAAAGAAACUUAAAACAUCCCUCAGCAAAGCUACAGGGAAGAAACUCAAAGCUGCACUGCAAGAAGACAGCACUGAACCCCUCUUGCCUGCUGACCCAGUCAUCCAUGGAGCAAAGUUCAGUUUGCUGGCAUACACCACUCUGGGGCUGGAAAGUGCUGAGGACAAUUUCAGGACCCACAACCUUACCAUUACAGGAAAUGAGGAAUCCUCUUUUUGGCUGCCCCUGUAUGGGAACAUGUGCUGCCGUUUAGUUGUGCAGCCCUCCUGCAUGGCCAGGGAUAUGAUGGCAGGAUUCCUAAAUCAGCAGCAAAUGGUAGGAGGUCUGACCAGCUGGAGGAGGCUGUAUUGUGUACUGAGAGGUGGCAAACUCCUUUGUUAUUACUCACCAGAAGAAAUUGAGGCUAAAGUGGAGCCAGCAUUGACAGUUUCCAUCAACAAGGAAACCAGGAUUCGAGCUGUGGAUAAGGACUCCAGCAGAAGAGCCAAUAACUUCUCUGUUAUCAACCCCGUGUCUGGAGAGGGGGUGACGCAACGUUUUGCUGCUGACAGUAGGGAUGAGCUUCAUCAGUGGAUGGAGGCUUUCUGGCAGCACUUUUAUGAUCUGAGCCAGUGGAAGCAUUGUUGUGAGGAACUUAUGAAAAUUGAGAUUAUGUCACCACGGAAACCACCUUUGUUCUUGACAAAGGAAGCGACCUCCGUCUACCAUGAUAUGAGCAUUGAUUCUCCAGUGAAACCUGAGGGCUUAGCUGAUAUCAUCCAUAGGAAAAUUGAAGAGAGCGAUGGUGAGUUCCUUCUUGGCCAGCAGCAAGAGCCUGCAUCUGCCCUGUGGGCGUCACUCUUUGAUGGAGCUCAUGAGAUGACUGUUCACAAAAACACGCAUCCGGACCCCCAAAGAGAUGCUACCAGUCCCAGUGACAGCAGAGGAAAGAAAAGAAGAGCUCCACCUCCCCCCUCUGAUAAAUCACCCUACAGUGCAGAGGCCCAGGUGAACACAGAGCAGCUGGGCAAGGAGAACUGGGGGAAGCCUGACCACACACCUGCCAGCAGCUCCUCCUUUGGGUCAGUGUUAGCUACGAAGAUGCAGCAGCUGCAAACCCCCAUUGCUCCCCCUCGCAAAAUUGGCCUUUGUGGGCAAAGUGGUUUAGCUGGCCUGGGGAAUCCUGUUUCUCUGCUGAGCAAGAGCAAGUCUGAAACCAAACCAGUCCCAACCCCUAGACAUAAAGGCAUCACAGAAAUACUAGACCCCAGGUCCUGGUUGCAUCCAUAGGCAUCAUAUUUAGCUUAGAGAAGUCUUUGGAAUUUAAAGUUUCUCAGCCUUCUCCUAAUACCCUUCAUUAAAAGUAGAUUUUAGCAUUUAGCUCAAGUGUUUCCUGUGAGCCAGGGCAUUACUGCUAGCUGCAGUCUCAGCUGUAGUCAUUAGUGCUCUAUCUGAAUAAUUGCACUAGAAUGGGGGGGUGGUUCUCUGUCUGGAGUAACGGUGCUAUUUCUGAAAACAAUAGUUCAGUACUUUCCUCUUGAAAAAACCACAGUGUUCAGGGUAAGCUCAGCUGUCCCCACAGCAGGGAUGUUCCCAGUGCCUCCUACCAGUCCCUCAGCUUAGCCCAUCCACAGCUCCUCAGAAUACUCAAGUGGGAAUUCACACAUUCAGCACAGAUCUUGCAAAGCUGAUUUUCUUGGGCGCCAUGCUUGCUGCAUCCUCUCCAUCCCUUGCUGUUUAGGAAACACUGCCUAUAUGGUAAUCGAGUAUGAAAAGCUUUUGUGCUGUUCUGAAUGGCUCUGUAACUCCAUACACAUUUCUGAGGCAGUUCCCUCAAUUUCGUGUGGGAUUUCCCAAGUUCCUGCUGGUUCAUGUGCAAUUGGAAUGGACCAGAAUUAUCUGUCUUUGAGCAAGGAUAUGAUCCAUCACUGCUGGUUUAUUUUGGGCUAAGACAAGCAUUCAAAAGCAGUUGCUUGGGUAUGUGCUCAUCUUAGGGUUGUUUUUCCUGCCAAACGUGGGUCUGUACCACAGCUCUCCUUUGUGGAGCCUCUCAGCUGUUCCUGCUGGGGAGCUGCUUUGUAAGCAGGCAGUGAUACUGGUAACAAACAGGGCUUUGCACCACUUGUUCCUUCUGCAGUAGCACAGAAUAAGCACUUCAGGUGGAGGUACUGAACUCUGAGAUUCUUUCAUCAGCCUGUUCACUCCCGUUUCACUUCUAUAAGAAGCACGGGUUGUUAGGGCUCCUGUGGCACCUACAAAGCAUCUACUACAUAAGAAAGAGCCGUGUUCUCUUGGAUCCACAGCUGAAUACCCAGCCAUUUCCUUGACUGAUGCAUUUGUCUCAGAUGCUGCAACUUAUCCAAGGGCAAAGGUCUGCUUGCAGUUCUCCCUCUGGAGACUUGGUGCUCAGACCUGUGCUGAGAGGGUCAUAUCAGUGACUGUAUACAUACAGUUCAUUAUUUAUCAUUUUUCCCCCAAAAUGUGGAUGGCUCUGGGAGCUUUACCAUUUCUCCAUAAGAUACUGUGGGCAUGGUUGGUUGGUGGUUUUAUUUUAUUUAAUUUUUUGUCUUCAGCUAAGCUCUUGGAUCCACAGUUGUAAAGGUAUCUGCUGAAUUCCCUCAGUAGUUCAUUUGGGAUGGGGUUGAGAGGCAGGUUUCAUUUACAAAUCCUUUUGCAGGAUUAGAGCCCUUUGUUCUAGAAUGUCCUUGUUCAUUCUUCAUUUAAUCACGUUCCAUUUUCCCUCUGAAACAACCAUAAUCAUUCUUACAAUAAAUCAUGCUGUUACUUAA